AUGAGCCUUCACUCUCAUCUGAAUACCUUACUGCUUUCAUCAUUUGCUGAAGAAAGUUUUUUAUCGAAUUAUGUGGCUCAUUCACAAUUGGUUGAUUCCAACUCUACCUCCACAAGUCUGCCUAAAUUUCAGAAUUGUCCAUUAGUAGAAUUAAUUUUAGUCUCCCAUUUACGUGGACUAGAAAAAACAGUAAAUCUUCUUUUGUUAAAUGCAUUUAUUGCAAGUGAAUAUUUUCCUGCUCCACAUCAUUAUCAACCAUCUGGAGACUCGAGACAGUGCUUACAAAAUGAGACGGUCUUUUGCUUAUUGGAAAUGGCAAGUGUCUACAUUUCUAGAAUAAAAGGUUUAAUGAUCAACUACUUGCCUGUUAGCGUUGUGGAUAUCAAGUCAUUUGGGCAUGUGACAAAAGGGAGGCGGAAUAUGGGUUGUCCAAGUGGUGUCUUGGAAAAGUGGAAAUAUUGCUAA